AAAGCGACAAUAGAAGUUGUUCAGGUCCUGUGCAAGAGCGAGGUUGUUCAGAAUGUGGGGGGCACGUGGCUUGUAGUUAGUGAGCACCUUGAGACCUCUCCACACCGCAGCCCAGUCAUUGUCAGAGUAUGCGGCCUUAGCUUUCUUCAGCUCCCUCUGAAACCCAUACUUCAGCUCUUUGUAGCAGUUCCUGUCCCCACUCUUGCGAGCUGCCUCCUUCUCCCGUCUGAUCUGGCUGAGUUUAGUUGUGAACCAAGGUUUGUCAUUUGCAUAACUCACCUUGGUGCGCGUUGGAACUGUGCACUCUUCACAGUAGCUGAUCCAUGAAGUCACAGUGUCUGUACACUCAUCCAGAUGAUUGGUGGCAGCCCUGAACACCUCCCAGUCUGUGGUCUCCAUGCAAGACUGCAGCUCCUCUCUAGCUUCACUUGUCCAGAUCCUCAUGCUCCUCACCACAGGCUUUGCCAGCUUCAGCUUCUGCUUGUAUGUGGGAACAAGAUGAACCAUCCAGUGGUCAGAGAGUCCCAGUGCAGCUCGAGGGAGGGCGGUGUAAGAGUUGCGGAGCGAUGAGGAACAGUGAUCCAGCACGCUCUGCCUGUACCUGGGAAGCUCCUCACUCAGAGUCGCCUUGUUGAAGUCACCCAGCACAAUCUCAGGAGAGUCCGGGAAAGUUCGCUCCACAUGCAGAACCUGAUCCGCGAGCGCGCUCUGAGCCUCACGUCCAUCCGCGCUGGGCGGGAUAUAUACGGCAGCCAGAAUUAAUGAAGCGAACUCACGUGGGGAGUAAAAUGGCUUACAGUUGACGAUCAGACAUUCCAGAGAGGGAGAGCAGUGCUGGAAGAUCACCGUCACGUCCGUACACCGGCGACUGUUGAUGUAGAAACACAGUCCUCCGCCUCUGGUUUUGCCGGUGAGCUCCGGAACCCGGUCCGCGCGGUGAAGCUGGAAACCCUCCAGAUGAAGCGCAGUGUCCGGGAUGAGAUCGCUCAACCACGUCUCCGUGAAACACAAAACACAAGAGGAGGAGAAGAGUCUCUGUUCCGUCUCAACAUCAGCGCCAGUUCAUCCAUCUUAUUGCUGAGCGAGCGGACGUUGGAGAGGAUUAUCCCGGGAAGUGGAGUGCGCGAUCCUCCUCGACGAAGGCGAACGAGCGCGCCGGCACGUUUCCCUCUCCUCCUCAGUUUCUUCCGCCCCGCCAAAAGAUGAACUAACUCCGCAACUGACACCAACAAUACUGGUAGUAAGUCAGACGGAGUCAUAGCCCUGAUGUUCAUCAACUGAUCUCGUGUGUAAGAACACGCAGAUGCUCCAUCAAAACACAAAAAUAAACAAAAUAACAUGCACGAUAAUUAAUAAUUCCAGGCCAGCCUUCGUCGGCGCCAUCGCACACUCAGCGUGGUGUAGCUCAGUGUGUCGUUGUUGUCGUCCAGUGACUCGCAGGUUGAUGGACGACUCUUCUGAGGUUUCUCUCUUUGUCAACGUGACUCCUGGCGAGGGGGACAACGGUAGUCAAUAUUGGAGCGAGUCUUGUCAAACAGCUGGCUGUGGCAGGGACGUUGGCGCACACUCCUCACCGCUCACGCGCUCUUGUCUUCUCAGGGCAGGAUGAAGACCUACACGCUGAAGCAGGACCAAAGGCAGCAGAGCUUCGUGAGUACAGACGCUUCCGUCACCUUUCCGACCCGACGGACCCCCAGACGCUGCUGAAGUUGCCUCACCGCUGCCCCCGAGCUCGACAGUGGUGUCACUGCAGUCACUGACCAAACUGUUUGCUCUCCGUCCUGCUCUCCAGCUGCCCGACGCACACAACGGCGUUUGGGCCACCUCCUACGAUGACUCCGACAUGGGAAGGACUCAUCUGGACCGCAGGAAGUCCUCGCAGCCCUCCCUCUUCGGGAAGUACCACCGGAGCCUGCAGACCCUCAAGCCGCUCCGCUUCUCCUCCUCAGACUCCUCUCUGCAGGUCUCAUCCCGUGGACAAGGCCGGCUUCCUGUCCUUCUCGUCGUUCGCCUGGGUCACCCCCAUGAUGUGGUCCAUGUUCCGGAACAGGCUGGACUUUGACUCGCUCUUCCUGUCGCCGCUGGACGCCUCUGACACCAGCGGCGAGAGACUCCAGAGACUGUGGGACGAGGAGGUGGCCCGGGUGGGCCCGGAGAAGGCCUCCCUGUCUCGAGUCAUCCUGCGCUUCCAGAGAACCAGAAUGAUCCUCUCCGUCAUGGUUGGCGUCCUGGCCAUGGUGGCGGUCUUCAUCGGCCCGGCCGUUGUGGUCUACGAGAUCCUGCGCUACGUGGAUGACCCUUCUCGGUCCACGGUGGUCCACGGCGUGGGUCUGUGUCUGGGACUGUUCACGUCCGAGUUCUGCAAAGCCUUCUUCAUCUCCCUGCUGUGGGCGCUGAGCCUGCGCACGGCGGUGCGGCUCAAGGGCGCCUUCUCUGCCGUGGGCUUCCAGAAGAUCAUCUCCAUGCGUGGACACAGCGGCGUGUCCAUGGGCGAGAUGAUCAACGUGCUGACCGGCGACGGCUACAGGAUGUUUGACGCUGUUCUGUUCGGGGGCUUCCUGGUGGCGUCCCCCGUCCUCUUCUUGGUGGCCGUGGUCUACUCCUGCUACGUCCUGGGCUACACGGCGCUGAUGGGCGUCUUCAUCUACAUCAUCCUGCUCCCCGUGCAGUCGGUUCUGGCCAAGCUCAUCAACAUGCUGAAGACCAAAAUCGUGAGGAUCACCGACAGCCGCGUCCGCACCAUGAACGAGAUUCUCAGCAGCAUCAGACUCAUCAAGAUGUACGCCUGGGAGGACUCCUUUGAGAAGAAGAUCGCGGAGCUGAGGAUCAGCGAGAGGAGAGAGUUCCGGAAGGUCAGCUACAUCCAGAACAUCAACAGCAGCAUCACCACCAUCACGCCGGCGCUGGCCACCGUGCUCACCUUCACCCUGCACACGCUGUUGGGAUUCCCCCUCAGCACCACCGACGCCUUCACCACCAUCGCCAUCUUCAACUCCAUGAGGUUCUGCCUGGCUCUGCUGCCCAUGUGUGUCAAGUCUCUGGCCGAGGCCUCCGUGGCGGCCGCACGACUGCAGAGGAUCCUGCUGCUGGAGAACCCAGAACCCUACAUGGUCCACACCAAAGACCCGGCCUCAGCCCUGGUGCUGGAGAACGCCACGCUCUCCUGGACCAAGCCACGGUCUCGGACCAGCGUGGCUGACGGAGUGGCCGGACACAAGGGGGCCGAGGAGAGCGCCGAGCCCCAGGCCACACUGAGGAACAUCUCCUUCACGCUCCCGAAGGGGACUCUCCUGGGCGUGUGUGGAAACGUGGGCAGUGGGAAGACCUCGCUGAUCUCCAGUAUCCUGGAGCAGAUGCACCUCCUCCACGGCUCGGUCCAAGCCAACGGCUCCUUCGCCUACGUGUCCCAGCAGGCCUGGAUCUUCCACGGCUCGGUGCGGGAGAACAUCCUGAUGGGCGAAGACUUCGACCAGGACAAGUACCAGCGGGUGGUGGACGUGUGCAGCCUCCGGCCCGACCUGAAGAUCCUCCCUUACGGGGACCAGACGGAGAUCGGGGAGCGGGGGCUCAACCUGUCGGGCGGUCAGAAGCAGAGGAUCAGUCUGGCCCGAGCCGUCUACUCCAACAAGGACAUCUACCUGCUGGACGACCCGCUGUCGGCCGUGGACGCUCACGUGGGGAAGCACAUCUUCCAGGAGUGCAUCAAGAAGGAGCUGCAGGGGAAGUCGGUGCUUCUGGUCACUCACCAGCUGCAGUACCUGGAGUUCUGCGACAACAUCCUGCUUUUGGAGGACGGACAGGUCCGGGAGGCCGGAAGCCAUCAGAUGCUCAUGAAGGCUAGCGGCCGCUACGCUCAGCUGACCAGCAACUACAAGAUGGAGCAGUCCAAGUCUCAGGUAGAGAAGAAGGAGGUGGCCCCCGAUGACGACGCUCAGGUGCUGGAGGCGGAGCUUUGCCUGGCGGACGACGACGACGAUGACGGGGUGGUGAACCCAGGGUUCGACAUGUCGGACGAGAAGGAAGCAGCAGCCACCCGGAGAAGAUCUGAGCAGGGCGGGAACCAGCUGGUGCGUCAGGAAGUCUCCACGGAGGGCGCCGUCUCCUGGAGGAUCUACCAGAAGUACUGCCAGUCUGCUGGAGGUUACAUCAUCGCCUGCCUGACCAUCUUCGUCACCAUGCUGAUGGUGGGCACCACGGCCUUCAGCGGCUGGUGGCUCAGCUACUGGCUGGGCAAAGGAAGCGGGGGACCCAACGGCACGGGCGACAUCUCCCAGAACCCAGACCUGCACUUCUACCAGCUGAUUUACGGCAUGACCCUGGUCAUCAUGGUGGUCCUCGCCAUCAUCAAAUGCUUCACCUUCGUCAACGUCACGCUCAACGCCUCCAACAGGCUCCACAACGCCAUGUUCAAGAAGGUCAUCACCAGCCCCAUGAGCUUCUUCGACACCACCCCGACCGGCCGGAUCCUCAACCGCUUCUCCAAAGACCAGGAGGAGGCUGACAUGGAGCUUCCUCCCCACAUGGACUCUUUCAUCCUCUUCACCUUCAACGUGACCUUCACCAUCAUCAUCGUCGCCGCCGUCUUUCCCGCCAUGUUGGCCGCCGUGCUGAUCAUGGGGAUUCUCUUCUCCCUCAUCCUGUUCGUGUUCCAGAGGAGCAUCCGUCAGAUGAAGCGGCUGGAGAACAUCAGCCGCUCGCCCUGCAUCUCCCUCACCACCUCCACUCUGCAGGGCCUGAGCACCAUCCACGCCUACAACAUCCGCGACAACCACGUCCGCCUGUUCAAGACUCUGAGCGACACCAACAACAACAACUAUCUGCUCUUCCACUCGGGCACCCGGUGGCUGUCCUUCUGGCUGGACUUCAUGGCCGCAACCCUCACCCUGUUCGUGUCCCUCUUCGUGGUCCUGAGCGGCAAUGACAUCAUCAGUCCGGCGCUGAAAGGACUGGCCAUGUCCUACACCGUGCAGCUGACGGGCCAGCUGCAGUUCGUGGUGAGACAGGCCACGGAGGUGGAGGCCCGGUUCAGCUCGGUGGAGAGACUGCUGGAGUACAUCAAGGAUUGUAAACCCGAAGCUCCCAGAAACCUCAGCGGUUCUGAUGUUCCGGAGGACUGGCCCAAAGACGGAGCGGUCAGCUUCCGGAACUACAGGAUGAGGUACAGAGAGAACACGCCCAUCGUCCUCAACGGGGUGGACGUCUCCAUCCGGGCCAGGGAGAAGCUGGGCAUCGUGGGACGCACCGGGUCCGGGAAGUCGUCUCUGGGCGUGGCCCUCUUCCGACUGGUGGAGCCCGAGUCCGGAACCAUCCUGAUCGACGGGCUGGACAUCAUGAAGAUGGGCCUGAAGGACCUGCGCAGCAAACUGUCCGUCAUCCCGCAGGACCCGGUUCUGUUCAUCGGCUCCGUCAGGUACAACCUGGACCCGUUCGACAACUACACUGAUGAGGAGGUCUGGGCGGCUCUGGAGAAGACCUACAUGAAGGACUCGGUCUCUCGUCUGGAGCUGAAGCUUCAGGCUCCAGUGAUGGAGAACGGGGAGAACUUCUCUGUGGGCGAGCGUCAGCUCAUCUGCAUGGCUCGUGCCAUCCUGCGCAACUCCAAGAUCAUCCUGCUGGACGAGGCGACGGCGUCCAUCGACGCCGAGACGGACGCUCUGAUCCAGAGCACCAUCAAAGACGCCUUCCAGGACUGCACCAUCCUCACCAUCGCCCACCGCAUCCACACCGUCAUGCACAUGGACCGCAUCCUGGUCAUGGACCAGGGCGAGGUGGCGGAGAUCGACGACCCGGACGUUCUGGCUCAGAGACCCGACUCUCUGUUCUCGUCUCUGCUCACAGCUGCAAACACAUCCAACUCCUGAAGCUCACGACAGACUCCCAAUCAGCAUCGUGGGACACAAUCAGAGUGCAGCCGUGCCCAAGCCUGCCGUCUGCUGCUGUCCUUUGAUGUUUAUUAUUUAUGGACCUCUCUGUGUUUUCUACCACUGAACCUGAUUGUGUUGUCAAAUAAAGACUCUUGCGAGGAAGAUGCCCUCGAUCCGACGCUAGAGGGCGCCAGACGGUCUUCAGGGUCAAAGGUCGGCCUCUGAAAGGCCAUUACACACUGCAAUCUUUGUUUACCAACAACGAUCCACAAGACUGGCUCAACAGGCAGAUUAUGAAGCUACAGCUUCAGUUUGAUCCAGAUUACAGCUGCCAGCGACGUUUAAUCCACUCUCAGCGUCUGACUCAGGUUCAAACAUCCACCCGAGUGUUGAUGGAGAUCAACUGGUUCACUGUGAAUCCCAGCAGACGGGUGCACGUGCUGGAGUCGUGCUGAACGUUGGGUUUGAUCCACCCGCAACUGGCCCAGUAGAGAACCAGAGACACACCUUUUAUUGCGAAUCAUGUUUUCAUGUACGUGUUUUCAGGGAAAUUAUUUGUACAAACAAAAACACUUUUAUAUCAAAAGUCCAGAAAAAAACGACAAAUCUGGAUGAAUUAUUGUGUCGGUGUUUAAAUGCACGAUGUGUGAUUUAAUUAAAGGAAAGAUCAAUUGUUUUAUGAAUGAAUAAAUGCAGGAAAAUAUCAAUAUUACAAAUUAUGUUCAUGAAUAAAAAUAAUGAACUAAAGAGUGUGACGGAUAAAAAGUUGCUAGAAAAGCUCUCAGAUAUCAGGAAAAUGCUAUG